AUGAAACGCCUUGCCGAGUCGGAUGAGACGGCUGAGCUGUUGAUGAUUUCUCCACCAGAGGACCUGGUCCCCUGCUUCGUCUGCAAGGAGAUUCUGGGCAAGCAGAUCCAGGUGGAAAGGGUCGGCCAGCUGCUUGAGCAUCUUUCCGCCUUGGUGGGAACCUCCAACGGGAAAACCACCUGCAUGGCCAAUUUUCAAUCUUCGUCGCCUGAUGCAGUGAGACCGACCAAAGGGCACGUCCACAUCUGUAUGCUCAAUUUUCUGAGUGAGCGAGGAUAUGGUUUCGAGGUGACGGUGUCUGAUUGUGUGCCCUUUGCUCAAGACAUCCUGUCUGGACGUUGUUCUCAGAUGCUGGAGAUUGAAACCCUCGAGGGCAAGGAUGACGAUGCUUUGAAACCUCGCGAUAAGAUGUUUUUGGGCUAUGGAGCCGGAGGUGCAUUUGUGAACAGUUUGAUGCUGGGCAGCCUCGGCCUCAUCGCCUUGGUCUGCUUGACCUUCUCUGCGAAGACGAAAGAGUUGCCGGCAUCCGUGACUGAGAUCCUGUCGCAGGUGCCCGUUGUUUGCCCCACAAGAGGCCAGGGGCAGACACCGCAGGAUCGCACUGUGAAUGCACUGCACAAGACGUUGAAGGCGUCGCAGUACAACCGGCGCCUGAACCUUGUCAUGAUUGCUUCCACGCUACGAAGAUCCUUGGAAGCCAGGCUUGCCAAGAUCUCGCCUGACAAGGACACCGACUUGGCUUCGGACUCCAUCAUGCGUGAGAUCAAGGCCAUCAUUAAGGCCUUCAACAACAAAGCCUCGUUCAUGCCGAGGUCUCAGAUCAAAGCGCGGAGUGAAUGGGCCCUGCGACACGCCCUUUCCGACAAGCAUAUGCCUGAGGAGGUUUGGCAUCGGGUCCUGCAAGUCUCCCGUUCCGCUUACUGGAACGACCACCUCCUGGAGACUCGCAGCUUCUUCGUGGGUUUGAGUGCGUCCAGCCCUCAGACUUUGCGUGACGUGGCACACGAAGAGAUGGAACAAUUGUACAAGGCCACGACUGAGACCUCUUUUUACAUCCUGCAGAGAAUUCAGUCGGGAAAAGUACCGGGCUGCGACUUGGACAAGCCCAUCCCGACCAGCCUGAUCUCCAGCUUCGUCUCCAGAGUUUGCAUUGUCUUCAGCAUUGCGAGAACAGUGCUGGAUCCGAUUUCCACUGACUUCGGACACAAGCUCUUGGAGAACUUCGAGGCCGGUCGCCUGAGUGCUCGCCUGGACGACCUGGCCACCAUGCCUGUCAAGGAGGACUACAACCACAAGUCCGAUGCUGCCGCCCUCGUUGCCAAGUACGUCCCCUUGGUUGAUGAGAUGCUUACAGGUAAGAAACAAGAGGAGAUGGCUGAGAACGCCGAAGCGGAAAAGGAGAAAGAAACCGCGGAACAGGAAGCUGUGCAGGAGGCUGAGGAAAAGCUCUGCCUCGCGAACCUCAAGCAUGAUUGGGAGAUCUACGAGGCUUGGCACUGUACGUCUGCCGUGACCAUGGAUGAGUGGAGAGAUAGCCAGCAAUCCUGGCAGAAGGAACGCCACAACAUAUUGUGGAAGGAGGCCGGGCGGCGGCUAGGCUUUCUGGCCACUGUGGACCACCUCAGCAAGGAAUGCUAUGCCACGAGGGUGCCCUCGCAGGUCCGAGGACUCUUGUCGGGAGAAAUGGCAGAUGCUGCCGUGCUUGUCGUGGCUGACCUACAAGGGCACGUACCGCAUUGCGACCUGGAACGCACGUUGUGCGACACCAUGGCAAGCAUCCCAGAAGCGGCGAAACUUCUGCUGUUCACGGAUAUGCCGCCCCGCCGACACAAGACUGAGAAGACCGUGCAGAUGCCAAGCUCCAUGCAGGUGGACGCGGACGAGGCGGAGGAGAGCGAUUGCGAGCCUGAGGAGCAGGACGGCGACCACUCACUCCCUGCCGUCCGUGCCGAAGGCAAUGUUCGCCUGACGUUGCCUGAGAAGCAGACGCUGCUGGCUGAGCACCGAAAAGUGCUGAGCAAGCAGCUGUCUGAGACCUUUGGCGACGGUGUGAACAAGCACUUCGACCUGCCGUUCACACUGCUGUUCAACAUGCCACUGCAGGGCCGGCUGACGAUGGACGGGCUUCUUGUGCAGCCGAUCAAGGGCAUGAGCCGGCUAGAUGGCACAUGCUUGGCGUCCGGUGGGGUCGGCGUGCUGCAGCGACCCGACAAGGUCGUCAAGUUCAGCAAGGAGGCCACCCGGAACAUGCGCAAGGAGCAGUGCGGACCCACCAGUGUCGCCAGGAACGGUGUGAAUGAGGGCCAGCGGCUUCAGAAGGGACCCGGCAUCUGUGGACACAUCCUGCGAAAUCUCAUGAUUUCUCUCGUGCGGCACAAGGUGCACAAGGCAGGCCUGAUCGUGGUUGACCUCUGUUGCGCCCAAGGCGACUGGCUCCUGGCCAUGGUGGCUGAGCAGAUGCACAUCGAACUGCCUGACCGCUACGACAUGGAUGAUGACGAGGUGCCUCUUGAUGGAAUGCCUGACAUACCCAUGAAGUACGUCGGCUUCGACACGCGGGAACAUGCAGUCGGAUUUGCAAGCAUCCGAGCCCAAUCCGAAAUCUAUGAGAGGCUGAGUGCUUCCGAGCUCGGCUAUGCCGCCCCUCCCGUCUUGCAGGAUGACAAACCCGAGCCGGUCUGGCAGAACCUGGUGGCUGAAGUGAACCGCCAGCUGAAGAUCCUCAAGGUGAAGAACAAAGAUGGCAGUCUGACGGUGCCCGCCCCGAAAAAUUUCAAGCUGCAGCGGGACAGCGUCUUGGAAGCCUUGGAGGUGCUGCAACGUGAG